AGAAACUUCUCGGAAGCCUUUCUCUCUUUAUAUCCCUUUGCUCAAGCCUCUCUGCUCCGUUCCUGUGUCAACAACGCGCAUUCACCCAGGUGCCCAACCCCGGAGCCCUCGCCCGCACGUGACCGCGCCUGCCUCCGUCCGCAACCUCCGACGCCGAAAACACCAGCUCGCCAAACCACCCACCACCGUGUUUUCUAACGACAAACACCACAGCGCAUGCGUCGCGCUCAGCUUCACGAAGCCGAGACCCACCAUGUCUCCAUGUUGCGCACUUCCUUCGCUCUGGGAUGUCUCUUCUGGUAUAUCAUAGUGUGGAGCGUAUGCGCAAUCGGCGUCAUCCAGCUAUUUCGUUACUAUUCGAAGCGCCCAAAGCCCGCCAUCUGCCUGACUAGCCUUAAGGAGGAGGACGUUCCCCACGUCACCAUCAUUCGCCCCGUAAAGGGCCUCGAGCCACGGCUGUACGAGUGUCUUGCCGCCACCUUCCGCCAGACGUACCCCAAGCGCAAGCUCAGCAAUGUUCUCUGCAUAUCAUCGCGCUCCGACCCCGCGCUCCCGAUCCUCGAGCGCCUCCUCCGCGAUUUUCCGGAUGCCGAUGCGAGAAUAACAGUUGAAGAAGAGGACCCGCUGCUGCUCGAGAAUAAGCAUGCGCUCGGACCGAAUCCGAAGAUUCGGAACAUGAGUCGCGCGUACAGAGAGGCGAAGGGGGAUCUCGUCUGGAUACUUGACUGCAAUGUCUGGCUCGGCAAGGGCGUCUGCGGUCGCAUGGUGGAUUUGCUGUGCGGCUCCGGCGGGAAGACGAAAUUCAAGUUCGUGCAUCAGACGCCGCUGACUAUAGACCUGGACUCGCAGAGCUUGUCGCCCGAGGAAAGGAAGCAAUUGCUCGGGGGCGACGAGCAGGCCCCCGAUGCUUGGGACAUUGCGGCGAGCACGAGCUCCGACCACCGCAACCAUUCCCGCGGCAGAUUCAGGCGACUGCUGCAGCGCGGCGGUGGCCGCUUGGACGAAGCUUUCCUGUCAAGUGCCCACGCCAAGUUCUAUAAUGCCAUCAAUACCGUGGCCGUAGCGCCCUGCGUCAUGGGCAAAAGCACCAUGUUUCGGCGCUCGCACCUCAACUACGUCACCAGCUCCAAUCCGAACCGCGCUUCCGGAAUCGACUUCUUCUCCGACAACAUCUGCGAAGACCACCUCAUCGGAGAUGCGCUGUGGAAGAAGCCUCAAGCUUUCGAGGAGCCAGGGUACCAUGCUCCGCCCGGAGAGCAUGUCGAAAGAUGGGGAAAGCACGCUAUGCUGUUUGGCGAUUUCUGCUUCCAACCCAUCUCGCAUACGUCGGUCACCGCCUGCAUUGAUCGGAGACUGAGGUGGCUGCGAGUCCGCAAGUUUACCGUCACAGCAGCAACAUUCGUAGAACCCGGCACCGAAUCCAUCGUAUGCAGCCUCUACGGCGCAUACGCCUUAACCUCUCUCCCGUACUUCGGUCGUCUUGGUAUUCCGCCCACCUGGGCCGCCUUCUUCCUCGUCUGGUUCGCUAGCUUGAGCCUCUGGUGCGCUGUCGACUACACGCAAUACCUACUUCUCCAUUGCGCCAAAACCGUCGAGCUAGACGAAUACACUCCAGACUUUAUCAUGCCUCAGCGUUCCAGCCGCGCUUACCAUCAAGCACCGUCGUUGCAACCUCUUCUCGGCAGCAAGGUUCCUAGAGACCCGAGCCUGCUUGAUGGCGCUAGGAGAACGUUCAGUGAGUGGUUCUUCGCGUGGCUUAGUAGAGAGAUUUCUGCGCUGCCGAUUUGGAUGUGGGCGUUCUAUGGUGGGGUUACGGUGGAGUGGAGAGGGAGGAGGUUUUGGGUUGGGAUGGAUAUGAAAGUGCAUGAGAUUCUAGACAAGAAGUGAGAUCAACAGGACGCGUAGCAUGCAUAGGCGCGGCAUGGUGGUUUCGAACCGACUCUGCAUACAGAGGAGGAACUCAGCUUGAAUCGUACCUUAACGGUGCGCAUUAGAAUAAUAGAACAUUCAUGGUACCUGACAAGUAUCUCCCAUAUAUACCAGCACGCCCA